UUCUGCGACCGAGGUCACAAAUCAACUUAGUUGGAGCUAGACUGGUGGAAAUCAGCGAAGCCUUGAAGCAGCGUAGAUCACGAGCAACUACAAUGUGUCGGUGGCGGCGCGGCGUGUGCAGAAUGGGCUGCAGUGCGACGCCCGCGAGGGGCGCCGCUCUAGCCAUCUUUUUCAUUUUGCGACUUGCGUGCGUCUUUUUUCGGCAGCGCGUUAACCUUGAAUUUUUUCAUAGCGAAGCCGACUGCACGUACGCGGCAAGGCGAGUUUAGGAUAGUCGUAGAGCGUCCCCCCACCCGGCACGUCCAAAUUUUCUGCAUUCGGACGGUGUGACUGCGAGUUUUCGGCGGUCGCAUUCGCGAGCGAGGCUCCCAGCGGUUAGGAGCGACGCGGUGUAUCUCGACCUGUGCACAGCGGCGACCGGCGCCAGCGCGCGCUGCAAUAUGCGGAAGUGAGGACGGACAUCGCGCACCAGUAGUGCCAGUGAAACAUGCAGUGAACGCACACUCAGUGAUACGAACUAUGAUAUAUUUGUGCACGGCUCGCGAAGAGCACUAAAUGGUUUUGUUUUGAAAAAAUCUCAAGGACUGUGGAAUUCGACAUUCAUGGAAUCGAGGGCAGGUAUCCGAGGCGGCCCGGGUAUGGACUCCCAGCAGCAGCAGUACUGUCUCAAAUGGAACAGUUUCGGCUCCAACUUGGCCACGUCGUUCGCGAACCUCUGGAACUCGGAGAGUCUCGCCGACGUCACCCUGUACUGCGAAGGUCGCCAGUUUAAAGCACAUAAGGUGAUCCUGGCGGCAUGCAGCAAGCACUUCCAGGAGUUGUUCGACACGGCCCCGCCCAGCCAUGCGGGCGCCUGCUACGUCAUCCUCGAGGCGACCACCGCUGACAACAUGCAGGCCCUCCUCGAGUUCAUGUACAAAGGAGAGGUGCAUGUCAGUCAGGAUGCACUCUCCAGCUUUCUCAAAAGUGGGGAGAAUUUGCAGGUUAAGGGCCUAUCAAUGGAAAUGUCCAACGACGCGUGGGUGAAGCAACAAACCCAGCAAUCCUCAGACCGUCACCAGGCGCGGGUGAAAACGAGUCCGGUUUCCGGGUCAGGCACCUGCGACGUCCAGGACGCAGCCCAGCCUCAAUCCCACCCGACCACAUUCGCCCCCAUGCCGUAUAACUACCCUGGAAGUGGUGGUAUGGGUCGUUAUGCCCCACCGGCACACUUACCCAUACACUCGACCACACAUCGCAGACCGCCCCAGCCCAAACCUUCGCCGUCUCAGAGUCCACAUACUAGAAAUUACAGGCAAAGUUCGUCCUCGUCACACUGCGGCAGCGUGGUCGACGAGCCCGACACUCGCUCCUCGCCAGGCGCCGGCGCGAGAUAUGAAGACACUCCCGACUGCACGUCCACCCUCGCCAACCCAGUCAAGAACAAUGGAUACGAACGGGCCGCCUCAGCUAAUGACGAAAUGAUGGAACGCUUGUCAAACGACCAGGGCGCUGAAGAUUUACGGGUGAAAAGUGAAGGCGACUACAACGCCAGCGGAUACAACAACUCACCGCCCCCCGCCGUGCCCAUACCAACCACAAACUACCACGACAAGCCGCACGACACAUCGCCUGUACCGCCCAAACCAAGUCCUGACAACAUAUGGCCAGCAAAAUUGAUCACGAGCAAAUCCGGUGGAAUCGCUACCGCUGAUGGUAAAAAAUUAAAAUGUCCAUACUGCGAGAGAUUGUACGGAUACGAGACGAAUUUGCGCGCUCACAUCCGACAGCGGCAUCAAGGCAUACGAGUGCCGUGCCCGCACUGUUCGCGCACCUUCACGCGCAACAACACGGUGCGGCGCCACAUCGCGCGCGAGCAUCAACGCCCUCUGGCCAACCAUACGCAGUAAAGCUGUCCUUUUAUUUUUUAACUUUUAUCAACCGAUCUACCUCUGCUCUUUCCGACGCACGCGGGCGAUAUCGCACGAUUUUAUCAAAAAAUAUGUGCAUAAACUAUCAAAUUUAAAUAUAAUUCCUAAAUAUGAUAGUUUAUUCUGUAAGAAUCCGUGUAAUAAUGUAAAUCGAGGUCCCCCGCGUCGCGUCACUACUCUUUGUAACUUGCGUACAAUAAAAUACCUCGUUGAUGCAUAUUUUGUAACAGUAAUCUACCUCAAAAAUUGAUCUUAAGAUUUUUUAAGAUUUUGGAAUUUUGCGAUACUAAUUGUUACUUAAUUUAAUAUUCACGUGUGACUUCGAAUGGUUGCUCAGUGCUCGUCUCUAUAUCUGGUACCGUGUUUAAAACAUAUUGUACCUUUAUUAUUGCACCCUCAUCGCGUUUACGUACCUUAAUUUGACUGUGAGAAUAUAAAGUUACCUUUGUUAGACGAUUUAUUUUGAGCUCUCGGUCGAGUAUGACAUAGCUUUUAUUAUAUUAUACUGAGCUAGGGAAUCUUAGAAAUGAUGUUGAGACUGAUGGUCAUAGGCUUAGUGUAUGUAAAUAAUAGGAGAAUGUUGUAUAUCGCCUUGGCCUAGGUUGAGACAUGCGUUUGACGUUGCACAGUGGCAAAAUAAUUCUACAAUAUUAUACUUUUAUUUACACUAUUCUAUAUCCAUUACAAUAGACUGUUAAACCGGGUUAAGUUUAUUUUAUUUGAACACAACUGUGAUACAAUAGAACAGACUCUAUAUAUUAUUAUUAAUUUUUGCCACUCUGUUCAUUUUAAGAGAAAAUAAGAACGUGCGGGAAACGGACGCAGCAGUUCUAGAAACAGUUUUGUACUGUACAGUCGAACGGUUUUAGUUUGUACAAAGUACAAUUGCCCUAGAUGCAUAAGUAGGUAGGUGAAACGUGUUAAAAGAAAUUGCGUGUAAAGUUGGACGCAUGAAUGUGUUUUUGCAGUUCAUUACCGUCGGUAGUUCCAGGCUCCUCCACGCGGAUGUUACUAUUGAGACCAAAUAAUUAUAUGUUUUUUGCGAUGGUGUCGAUUUUAACAUUCCGUUUUAAUAUUGUUUUGCUAUAGUACAUAUAGAUGAAGGCCACUUAUUUUAAAUACCUAGUCAUUUCAAGUGCAACCAGUUGAGAUUUAAAGAAUAAUUAUUUAAUAAAUAAUUAUAAGAGCACUCGUCGGUGUUAUUGUAUUAUAAUAUUUGUUGUGUGGACACCGUCGAUGCUCGUUAACUAUUUGAAAUAUUUUAAUACACUUAGAUUCCGAACUAUAUACGAUUUUAAGUUGAUUUUUUUUGCAAAGCAAACGGGACAGUGCCAAAUAAACCUCAAUUUUAAGUAUCACAUCUACUAUUUAUAUUAUUUUUUGUUAUAAGUGUGAAUGUAGCGACUGUGUGUAUUAUUCCUGAUAUUUAGGAAUAUGUUGCAUUCAUAUUUAUUAUAUUUAUAUUUUAGUGUAUAUUUAAAUUUUAUUUUUAUGACAAACGCUUUACAAAGGCUCAGUGAUUUUAUUAAAUUACAGUUGUAGUUUCUGUCUUUUUGUUAAUUGGGAAUUCCCGAAUAAUUUACCUCAUUUAAACUUAUCGCAUUUAAGAGUUUUGCUAUAUUUACACUUCGCUGAUUUAAGUAGUCUUUCUAGUGUCAGUAUGGAUGGGAAUGUCGUUUCUAAUUUAAGACAAACAAAGAUAAAUUAUACUAUACUGUCUCACUUUAAUGUACCUAUUCUUAAAAUAUUUCCUGUACAAUUUUAAAGAUGCUAUUUUUAUUCUUAACAGUAAAUCGUAGAAGUUAUAUUCAGUUCAGAUAAAGUUUGAGCAAUUCUUUCAAAAAAUAUAUUUUCAAUCUGUUUUUGUCGAUUUGUAAUUAUUCGUGUUGAAGACUCGACUUGUGGACUUAAGAAUUUAGCGAUGGCGAUGAAAUUUGUCAAAAUAUUAGGUUUGCCUGCAAUAAACGAUAGAAAAAAAAGAGUAUGGCCCAAAAUAUAAAAUUGUGAAGAAAACAAUAAACUUGGAUUUGGUUGAAUCGUGAAGGCAAUGCAAUUUAUUUGAAAUAUUGCAUUUUUUUAGGUAAAAAAGAAAAAUGUAAAUUAUGAUACGGUGAAAAGAUUUGCAAGCGGCAAAAAAAUAUAAUUUUUAUACCAAAGGCAUCGAAGAAAAUAAACUGUUUAUAAUUUGUAUCUCAGACUACGGAAUAUGAGAAAAAAGGAUUUCUUUAUUUUAUUUAUUUCCCUGUUUGAGCUACGAUUUAUUAACGUUUGAUAUUUGAACACUAAUGUCAGCUUUUUCAUUUUUUUAUUUACCUAUCUUAUUAGCAGUGCCUUCAAUUUCACUAUCGGAGACUUGGUCAGUCAGGAUGUCGAACGUUAAAUAAAAAGAAACCCUUUGACGAACGGAUCCUUAUUGAUUCAUUUAUAUUAUUAUUAAUUAUUGUUUUAAAUAUUUGGAAUUCUUGUGUUAGGUGUAUUGUUAAGAGCAAGUGUUUUUCUAUUUCGGUUUAAUUGUUAAAUUUAUUUUUUACUUUCUUUGAGAAAUUAGGUAAAAGGAUAGAAGUCGAGUAUUCUGUUCUGUCCUUUACGUUUUUCAUUAUGAAUGAAAAAUUCAUAGAUGUGAUUUCUUUUGACAUUUAAUGUUUAUUUGUGAUACGUAAAAAGGGAAUUGCAUUAAUGCAUCACGUUUGAGCUUUUAUUUUUUUCAAUGUUGCGUUUAAUUUUUAUGUUUAAGGGGUACUUAUUGAAGGAUAUCCGAAAAGUUGACACUAGAUCGCCAUGUUUCUGUAACUUGCAUCACUUCUUUCUAAUACUUGUAAGGUACAAAUUAAAAAUCACGAUAUCAUAAGUCAAUUUGGAUUGUUUACAUCUAUUUAGUUUUCCUUUUUGGAUAAGUUAUCCACGUGGUCGUAUAACAAUUCUGUACGUCACGGAAUAUUUGAGAUCAUGUCUAAAUUAAGUUUUUUCAUUGUUAAAAUUUAAUAUAAGCGGACGAUUAACUAAUGGUCCCCAAUAGUUUUAAAUGUUGUAUUUGAUGUGAUAAGGACUCUCACUUAGUCGGUGUAUCGCAAUCCCCUUCGGUUCUGGUCGAUCUCUCACGUUUUUAGUGAUUGUAACUCUGUUUAGAAAAUGUGCAAAUAAUAUGUUGUAUAGUUUCACUAAUUGGCAUGCGGCCGAGGACUAUAUUGAUGUUAUGGAUAUGAGGAACAAUAGAGAAAUGGUUAUGUUCGGUGUUAAUGUUUGGAGCAAGUGAAUGAAAAGUAUAACGUUAGUAGAUAUACAGAUUUACGAUUAAAUGCCACUUGUAAAUUCAUACAAUACGAUAAUAUUUUGCCUACAUUAAUGCAAUCAUUAUAAUAUAGCUAGUGUCCGACCGAAGGUCGAUUUUUGGUCGAUGCUGAAGCUGAAUAAAUCGGCUAGCGCCACAAUCUUCGACCGAAUUCGAAGGUUUAAUAACUUUAUAAAAUUCAACUUCAGAAAGUUAAUGUUAAUGGUAAUUGUAAUUUAAUAAUAAAAAAUUACAAAGAAUAGAAAAAAAAAUGUUAAUGGUUAUCUUGUUGAAUUUGUCAUAAACGGCACUUCGAAAUAAUAUCAACCUCGCUCCCCGCGCGUUGCCUCUUCCAUUGCCCUCUUGCGCAUUCGUAACAGUUUAGUCAACGUUUGACGUACAAUCCAAGAAAUUUAACAUCCACGUUGCCCGCACCUUAUCCCAAGAGCCAACACAGUCAAAUGGACAGCCAUUAAAUAUUAAAUUCAUUCACGGUUUUCGUAACACUGCCAUAUUAUAUUGGUUAAAUUGAUUGCAUUAAUUGCUAAAAAAUAAUUUGGUAAAUAGUUUGGUAGAUUUAUCAGGUGAUAAAGCUCCACUUUAUUUCUCUAAUCAAACACUCAAAACUGCAUUUACGAUUUCUUUGGUGGUAGUAAUGGCUCCUGUUUGGGAUCAUAAGUGGUAGGAAUAGUUUAGGUAUUUUUUUAAGUUUUAUUUUUAUGUAAAUAUGUCGCGAUAUGUCGUGAUGGUAAAGCCAAAGAUUGUUACGGGUAUGGUGACCCUCUGCCGUCACAUGGGCUACGCAGUGACUUUACAUUCAACCUGUUUGGUCAACAUUAUGAAAAAAAAUGAUCGCUGGUCGAGCCUCCAAUGUUGGUUACUUGGUUACAGUAAAAAUUAUACCGUUGAAUGUAAAGCACAGCACAGCCCGACUAGUACGUAAGUUAAUCUACCUCGAGGAAUAUAAUUUAGUAAUAAAUAAGCUUUUAAAUAGAUUUUUAUAUGAAGAAUUAAUGUAACUUAGUCUUUAAGAGAAAAGGAAAAAAUAAAAAAAAUUAAAGUACAAAUAUACUACCUCAGGAUUCAAGUUGAGUCUUAAUCAAAUUCUACGACCUUUGUGCAAGUAUUAAAUUAACGUUUGAAAUAUUGUGUAGUAACAGAUUUUAAGUAAUGUCUUGGAUCGUUAAAUUUGGGAUUAAAAACGCAGAGCAAUUUUAUGUAAAAAAAAGGAGUAAUUAGUAUGUAAAUAAAAUGGUUCGGCGUUUGGUUUAUACUUUAUAGUAUCAAUAAAUGUAUAUUCUGUCACGUUAAUUGAAUCUCUGCAAGGUAGUCAGUGCUUUCAACUCGGCGAAUAUGCUCAAGCAGGGAGUGCAUGGAGAUUUGAGCGCAAUCUAUAGUUACCUCUUAGCUGAGUUGAUAGUCCUAAUAAAAUCUAAGUAAGUGUUAAUUAGGUUAGUUAUUAAUAAUCUCAUUGAUGUUCUACCUCAUUUAAAACGCAAAAAACCGUUGAGAGAUCGACCGUGAGCCAUUCAGCGUAAUCGUACCUUUUUCACUCUCAGGAGUAUAAAACAUUUUUUUUUUUCAUAAUUUUAUUAUUACUCUUUCCCAGUUAUUUCUUGUGUUGCAUAGAUGUUACUAUGUUUUAAGGAGAUGAGAAAUGAAAAAUUAUUGUUUGUUAGGUUUCAGCGAAUUAAAAAAAUGUAACAAAAAUAUUUUUUUGGUUUCUUUUGUUUCUUCUGUUACCUUAUUUUCCUUUUUUUCUCUAAUAUUUUUCUCGACAAGUUACACCCGUCCAUCGUGUUUAACAUUUAUUAAUGUAAUUCUAAGUACGUUAUUUAAGGAAUUGAAAAUCGUAUAAUCAUAAUCUAGUUGCACUAAAAUGGACAGGAAUUUGUUUAAGGUAAUCAUUUGAUGUUUUAUAUUUUAAGGGUGCACUAGUGUCAUCGAGGGGUCUCCCUGAGUAUUUAUCUCUACGAAUUUGAUAAUCAAAGUAAUUAGUUAUUAUAGAUGUUCUCUCGCAUUACUAGGUAAGUAUAAAGUGACGUCAUCCGCUCAUUUACGAUCAUCGGUUCUAUCACAAAUGAAUUAAAAUACCUACAGUUUAGAUUAUAUUUUGUAAUACUUCGUUUUGUUUACUUUACAAAUUCUCUUUAAGAUCGCAUAUAACUUGUCCAAAUUGAAGCGUAGUAUUUGUUAAUAAAGCUAUCUUUGGUAUUGCGAAAAUGAUUUUCAAAAGAAUUCAUUUCAUAAAUGUUUCAAUUAUGUGCAAAAUAAAAUAAAGUCACCGAGAAAAAUAUUUUUCAACAAAAUAUAGAGCCAGUGAACGCAUGGAUAAUGAACGAUAUGGUGAAAGAGUUUUAUUAUUUUUUUAUAAACCUAUUGAAUUACAAAUAAUUCUAACUAAGUAUAUUUACACAAGGACUCCAUCAUUUUCAGCAACAAGUGCUUGGUGUCUAAAACAAAAUAUAUUAUUUAAGUAAGUACAGCAAGGUACCUAACGACAGGCAAGCAUUUUUUUUUAAAUUGUGUGAGCGACUCGCGCAUUUAUGUUCAUAGUCAGAAUUUUUUGUGCAACUGCCAAUAAUAACAACUGAAAAGUUUCAACUAAGUGAAGCGCGAACGCUAAAAGACGAACGCAUUAAGAAACUAGCGAACAAAAUGGUGUAAUUACACCCUUUUACAAUUCGCAAUUUAAUUCAGUGCAAUUUCACGAAAUAAAAUUUUACAGCAGAGUAAAUAACUGAAAGGAAGCUGCUAAAACUUUACUGUUUAAAAAUAUAAACUUUGGAUUCAAUUCUAGCACAGUUUUAGGCCUAAGUAGGUAUUUGCUUGAAAAUUAGUUGAAGUGUCGGAUCGAAAUCAGGAACUUUGAAUUCAAUGUUUUGCUUAGAAAUGAGUUCAGAUUUGUUUAAAGUGUGGUUUAAAAAAAAUAGAUAAUAUACUAUAAGUGUAAUCACACCGUUUUGUUCGCCAAUAAUUUUAUUAAAAAAAUAUCUUAGCGCCUGUCAAUUUAGUAGUACAUUGGAAAAAUCAAUCAGUCAAAACAUUGCUAUUUAAUUUUCACAGGCUGUACAUUUAAAAAGCACUUAAUUUCAAUUCGAUUCAAUUUGUUGAUAUUUAGUUUUUAGUAAGUAUAUACAUAUUGAAAAAAAUAUUUAAGAAUUGGAUCAUACUUUCACUGUGUCGUUUAAUUAGCCUAUACACCAUAUUUUCUUAUAAAUACCUAUAAAAUCUAUCGUUUCAUGGCUGUAAAUAAACAUACCUAACCAUCAACGCAUAAGUCAUCGAAUGUCAUCUCAUUAAGUUCCAAUUAUCUCGGUGUCACUUUAUGAUAUUCUUGGUGUCGAAUAUGUGUGCUAUACGUCCCCAAUUCUAACUGUUGAAGCCACGAGCACUUUUCUUCAAGAACUAAAGUACAAAUUGAAGUCUUAAAAUUACCGUCAGUACAAAAUAUGUAAUUAAAGAAAAAGUACAAUUACUUAAUUAUGUCGGAUUUUAUGUAAAUGUUGCCAAAACGUAUAUUUUUUGGAGCAUCCGCUGAGCUAUAAUUUAACUUAGGUCUAUCUGAAUAGAGUACAAAAUUGAAUGGAUUCUCUGAUUCAUAAUUAUGUACGGCAGCCCGCAGUGUUGGAUUAGGUAAACCAUAAUAUUUGUUAUUUAAUAUUAUAUUAAUUCAUAUUAGUUAGUAUUUGAUAAAGUUGGGAUUUCGUAUUAAAAAUAGUAUCAAAACUCUCUUCUACUUCAUAGCAUUAAUCUCUAUGGUAGAUAAUUUGGUUAAGGGGGUUAUUACGGAACUUCAACUUGUAUGUUUUUCAUAAAUGUACAUUUCUUUUACAUUAUUUUUUCUUCUACUCGUGAAGAGCAAGGGUAUACACGUACUCGGUAGAGUACAGGCUUAGGAUGAUAGUGUGUCGAUUGUAAGAUUGUAAUGUAAACCAUCAUGGUUGUAAAACGUAAGUAGGAUUUUGUACGUAGCUAACUAAUGCUUAGUAAGAACUAAUUGGUCGUCGAUGGUGUUUGUGUGUAAAGGGAAAGUGAUUGUCUGUGAUUUUUUUAAGCGACUUUUUUAUAUAUAUGGAAAAUAAAAUAUUGAAAUUUCUUAACAGUAAGAAUAGCACUCUUGUGAUUUUACAUUAGAUAUUUUAUUAGUUGAUUUCAUUUUUUGUACAAUACGAUAGGGUAAAGUAGAGGGGCGGGGAUGUGUGUGGGGGAGGGAAGGCGGGUUGAGUGUACAUACAUAAUAUAGAUGUAAAAAAAUUUAAUAUUGGCAUAAUAGAAAAGGGCAUUGUCAAGAUGUUUUGCAAUUUGGUAAGACCAUGCGCUUGUUUAAGUUGAGUCGUGUAGGCUUCAGAAACCGCCUCUGGAAUCCAAAUUUCAGGGGUCCUGAUACGAAUUUAUCCAUUUGAGGCUACGCGGCUCGUUAAAUAUUUAGCGAAUCAAUUGAUUUUUAUACAGGGUUUCAGGAUAUAAUACUCUACCUAUCAGCAGAAUGCUCUAACAAUAAAUUGGAUGAAGUUAAGCCUAAAAUACUUAAAAAUAUCCUUAAAACUUAAGGGGACCUUAAAUAUUAUUGAAUCGUUUGACAUUUUGCUCACAUGUACAGCAAAUGGCACUACAAAAGACAGCAAUUAAUGACUUAAGACGUUGACCUUAAUAAUUUUAUUAAAGUUUCAUUAGUUUUAAGAAAUUCGAAGUCAUCACACGCUGAUAAAAUUAGCUAAAUAUCUUAGUACAAAAAUGAAAAAAUAUACAAGUAAUAUGCUUUCAAAACAAGGGUUAGGUAAUUACCUAAAACCCUGUAUAAAUCUAGCAUUCUUAAUUUAAUCUAGCGAAUUUUUAUAGUGGUAACAAUAUUGCGGGUUCUUUUUGUUAGUUUAAUGUGAGUAAGUAGUAUGUAUAAAUGUUAUGUUUGCUUUAAAUUCAAAUUGGAUAUUAUACACCACUACUUUUUUAUCAUCAUAAAAAAUUAAGGGCGAAUAAGUAAAGAAAAUUUUUAUUGUUUUAAAUGUGCAAUCGCAUUUUUUUUAAAUGCUGUUAACAGCAGUGUGUUUUUAGUUUUGUAUAAAUGUGUGGACAUACUAUACCCAUUUACGCUAUGAAUAACAAAACGAAUUUUAUUUACGCUAACAAUAUUUUGCCCAAUUAUUGCUAUUUUUUUUUAUGGAUUUUGUAGCACACUCGAUUUAAUUUUUUUAAACUGCGUAAGCUUAAGUACCUAUUGAAUUCUGACUAAACAGAUUUGUUUUAUGAUAAUAAAAAAUCAGUGGUGUAUAAAUGUGGGCGAGAUAGGUUUUGAUGAGUGUGAGUGAUAUGGCUCCACUUUAAGUGUUUCUGGUCUUUUAUGGUAUUUAGCUUUGUGUUUUCACUUCUCACUAUUGCUUAAUUGAAGUGCGUGUUGGAGCAUUUAAAUGUUGUCAUCGUAUUAUGAAUAUUUGAAGGCCAUAUUAUAUUAGUGAUAUUUUUCUAGUUGAAUUUUCGUUUUUUUUUUUUUUAUCAAUACAUAUAAAAUGAAAAACACUGACUCACUUACUGCCUGACUUAUUAAUGAGAAUGUCAUAAUAUUGAUUUACUUUGAAAUUUUUGCCCCUCUGUACUAGUCAAUAAUUAUAUAUUUAGUUAAAAGUAUUCUUUGUGUAGUACAAUUUAUAUGAUAUAUUUAUCAGUUAUUUUUUUAUUAAAUAAUCACGGCAUGGUAUAUUAAUAAAAUAUAUUUAAAUUAAUUAAAAAUAGCAUAUUUAUUUUGUUACGAUGAUUUUUGAAGAUCUCAAUCAAAUGCUACAUCGCGCACUACUAUUUCAAUAUAAAAUGUAAAAAUUCUGUAAAAAUCGAACUUUGAUACAGGUACUAUAAUAGUCCAUGUGCACUAAUUAUAAAUAUAUAUUGCGUAAUAACAAAUCCCACGUCACGUACCUACAUUCUGACUUAGGUAUAGAUAUUAUAUGGAAAAUAAAUUGUUCCAUUGUGGAAUUCUUAAAUUAAUAAAAAAAUGUUGCUAAAAUAUAUAA